UGACUUAAACUUCAGGACAAAUACCUUGAUUACAAGCAGUUGCAAGUUUUCUCACUGGGGCUUGCUGUAACCAGCUAGGUGUGCUUUUGGUCAGUGAUCAGUGUAACAUAUCUCAGUAUGGGAAAUAUAUGGGGUGCAGGAAAAGGGCAGGCAGUGAUGAAGAGGGAGGGACAGAGGGAGGGAAAGGAGCUGGGACUUAACAGAACUCAGUCUGCAGAGACAACUGGUGGAACAAGAAGGAAAACCAGCCUUUCCAAGCUCCAGUACCUUCUUUUUGAUAAAGACAAGCUGAUAAAUCAGCUCUGAAAUGCUGACAAUAAGUCAAGCUUUUGUGGUCCUGAUCAUUUUUUUGUUAAUUAUUGAGUUUUUCAAACUGCGAAAGGCAUGCAAGCAUUUCCCUCCUGGACCAACUCCUCUCCCAUUGCUGGGAAAUUUGGUGCACCUGAACUUUCAGUUUCAUCGGGAUCUUCUGAUGGAGCUGGCAAAAACUUAUGGCAACAUAUAUACUCUGUGGUUUGGGUGGACCCCAGUGAUCAUACUGAAUGGGUAUCAAGCAGUGAAGGAUGGCAUGACUACACACCCUGAGGAUGUUGCUGGGCGGAUGGUGUCACCUUUCUUCAGAGCAAUGGCCAAAGGAAAAGGUAUUAUAUUGGCAAGUGGUCGCUCCUGGAAGCAGCAGAGACGCUUUGGUAUAAUGACUCUACGCAAUCUGGGAAUGGGGAAAAAAGGCCUGGAAUAUCGAGUGCAAGAGGAGGCCUCUCACCUGGUGGAGUUUUUUGUGAACUUAAAAGGAAGACCUGUGGAUCCUUCUUUCCCUCUUUUCCAUUCUAUUUCAAAUGUAAUUUGUGCUCUGGUUUUUGGAUAUCAUUUCUCUGAUGAGGACGAAACCUUCCAUGAACUGAUCAGAGUCACGGAGAAUUUAUUCAGAUUUGGAGGCAGCUUUGUGCAUCAGCUGUAUGAAAUUGUCCCCUGGCUGAUGUGCCGCCUCCCAGGUCCUCAUAAGAAGGCGCUGUCUUGCUAUGAUGUCCUGAGUUCUUUUGCAAGGAAGGAGAUCAGAAGACAUGUGGAGAGAGGGAUUCCAAACGAACCACAGGAUUUCAUUGACUUUUACCUGGCUGAGAUGGAGAAAUCUAAAGAUGGGGUCAAGCCCAAGUAUGAUGAAGACAAUUUGGUAUGUGUUAUAAAUGAUCUUUUCCUCGGUGGAUCAGAGACCUCAAGCACAACACUGUACUGGGGACUUCUCUAUAUGGUAGUGAAUCCAGACAUCCAAGGGAAAGUGCAGAAGGAGAUGGAUACUGUUUUGGGUCCUUCACAAUUAAUUUGCUAUGAGGAUCGGAAAAACCUGCCUUAUACAAAUGCUGUGGUUCAUGAGAUACAACGCUUCAGCAACAUUGUUUUUGUUGGCAUGCCCAGAGUGUGUGUGAGGGACACAAUUUUGCUAGGAUUCCCUGUCAAAAAGGGCACUAUUGUUAUGCCAAAUAUAGCAUCUGCUCUGUAUGACCCUGAGCAAUGGGAGACACCUCGAGAGUUCAACCCUGGCCACUUUCUGGAUAAAGAAGGAAACUUUAUGCCUCGAGAAGCCUUCUUACCAUUUUCAGCAGGGCACCGUGUGUGUCUGGGGGAGCAUCUGGCAAGAACUGAGCUCUUUAUCUUCUUUGCCAACCUGCUGCGGGCAUUCACCUUCCGGCUCCCUGAGGGGGUGACGAAGAUCAGCACAGAGCCCAUUCUGGGUGGUACGCUGCAGCCCCACCCCUACAGGAUUUGUGCCAUUCCACGCUAGGCUGCCACACAUCACAGAGCGGCAUGGGACAUCCACCUUCAUCUCAGUGCAUUUCCUCUCAAAUGUGUAAACCUCCUCCUUCUAGCCAGGAUAUUGGCAUUAGUCUAGUCCAGGGCUAUUCAGAAAGUGCAUGCAAGCCACAAUCCAGCCUAUCAGUACUUUUGGUCCAGUCCUUGUGAAAUCCUCAGAUAUUCUUGCAAGGAUCCUAACCAUUUGCUUGUCUUGGAGUGCACUUGAAGCAAUAUGCUAUGGUUCCCACUUGAUACCUGCAUGCUGUGUCCUAGCCAAGUAGAAUCAUUAUAAUGCUCACUCCCGAGCAAACCUCAGUAAAAUUCAACAACAGAGGAUCUCAACAAGAGCUGAGUAGGUGUCAUUUCUGUGAGUAGUUUGAUGACCUCAAGUAAUUUCACUCUGAAAAACACACUUUUAAAGCCCUAUUUUGAUCUUAAUGUCCUGAACUUUGCCACUUCAAUUUGUUGACAGGUUGCAAAUUACAACAACAACAAC